CUCUCUCGCCCCUUAUCACUUUGGUGUGGUUUUUGCUUCGCUUAUCUUGUUGUUUUAGUUUCAAUGGCCUCAAGCAGCCAAACAGCAUCCUCAUCUCAUCCUUCAUCAUCUGCUCCUCAGUGGAAGUACGAUAUUUUUCUGAGUUUCCGGGGUGAAGAUACUUAGAAGACUACUGUUCCCUUUAUAUACCAGGAAUUGCAAAACAUAGAAAUUGAAACAUUCAUGGAUGACACAGGGCUUAGCAGAGGGACGUCUAUUGCUCCGAGUCUGUUAACAGCAAUCCAAGAAUCCUGGUCAGCGAUCAUUGUUCUUUCACCAAACUAUGCGUAUUCUAGAUGGUGUUUGGACGAAUUGACAAUGAUCAUUCAGUGCAUGGAAGAUAAGAGCACAACAGUCAUCCCAAUCUUUUAUGAUGUAGAUCCCUCUGAUGUGCAACAUCAGAGAGGGAGUUUUGCAACUACCUUCACUAGUCCCCAAGAAAGGCUCGCGCAAGACGAUGACUACCCAAAUAAGUUGAACCAGUGGAGAGUUGCUUUAACAAAAGUUGCAGAUCUCUCUGGCUUGGAAUCAAACAAAUAUAGUUCUGACUUAGAACUUGUCAAAGACAUUGUGGAAACCGUGUGCAGCAAAUUACGACCUAUUGAUGUUGAGUGGGCAUUGUCGUCUACCGGAGAUUUUGUAGCAUUUGAAGCAACAAGACGAGCCAUGGACAAAGUAAUGAGAGCACUUCAAGAUGAUGUGGUCGCUGCCGUCUUUGGUAUGGGAGGCGUUGGCAAGACAAGUAUGGUGAAACAUGUCGGUGCACAAGCCUGGAAAAUUGGGCUUUUUAAUCAUGUGAUUAUGGCUGUCGUAUCCCAAACACCUAAUUUGAGACAUAUUCAAGGCACACUGGCCGAUCUGCUGGGACUAAAAUUGUUGGAGGAGACAGAAUUCGGAAGAGAGGUUAGAUUGAUGGAGAAAAUAAUGAAAGGAAAUCAGAUCCUUAUAAUCUUGGACGACAUUUGGGAGAGAAUAGAUUUGUCUACUAUUGGAAUACCGAGCCAAGAUGAGCUUCAAAAGUGCAGUUCCAAAAUCUUAUUCACUACAAGGAGAUUGAAUGUUUGCCAUUCAAUGGAGAUCCAAGCAAGCAUUCCUCUCCGAGUUUUGUCAGAAGAUGAUGCUUGGGACCUAUUUGUGAAGAAGGAAAGAAAGUCUUUUGAUGAGUCGCCCAACUUUUAUGAUGUAGCGAGGAUGGUAGCUAAAGAAUGUGCUGGUCUCCCAGUUGCAUUGGUAGCGGUUGCAAGGGCACUUGGAGAUAAAGAAUUAGAUGAUUGGACAGAAGCAGGUCGACGACUAAAGGCUGCUCAACCUGUCAACUAUGAAGAUGAGAGAUAUGUGUUCAGAUGUAUAAAGUUGAGCUAUGAUUACUUGAGACUUGAUGAUAACAACAUUGCCAAGUCAUUCUUCUUGCUUUGUUGUCUAUUCCCUGAAGAUUUUGGUAUCGAGGUAGAAGAUUUGUUGGUGUAUGGGAUUGGAAAAGGAUUAUUUCAAGACGCUAACACAAUCAAAGAAGCCAGAGCCAAAGCCAAAGCCCAUUUGGUGGUAAAGUACCUGAAAGCUUCUAGCUUGCUUUUGGACAGUGAAUACAGCGAAUUUGUGAGGAUGCACGAUGUCAUUCGAGAUGUGGCCAUAUCAAUUUCAUCAUCGGAUGAUGGCCCACGGUUUUUGGUUAAAGCUGGUUGUCAGUUAAAGAAUUGGCCAGCAAUUAAUGUUGCACGUGAAGACAACUCUGCAAAAUCGCUAAUGAGGAAUGAAAUUCACAAGCUUCCUGAAAGAUUGUUUAUCAAUGUCGUGACAGAGAAAGCAGAGAUACUGGAGUACAUAGGGUACAGUGGCUUACAGGACAUUCUUGUGGAAUACGACCUUGGGAGAUUACAUGUGCUGAAGUGUCUUGCUGUAAUUGAGUGCCAUAAUGUGGGUGGAGUGUUGAUGAACCCAAAUAGAAGGGUUCUAAAUACACUUGUGUUUGAGCAAGGUUCUAAAAAACGCUAG